CCACGGCAGCCCCCGUCCCGACGGCCUUCGCGAAAAGACAAAUGCCAAACGUCUCCACCUCUGUUUGGCCCGUCCUUCUCACCUGAUUAUAUUAUCCGCAUAGGAGUGCACUUUGGAGCAGUACAGUGAUGAUUCUCCAGCACUUGAGAACUGUAUUCAGAGCUGCAAGCCUCUAUCAUCCAAGUCCACAAGUACAGCAGUAUCCAGAAAUCAAUAAAAGAUGCAUCAGUACUAGUGUAGCUGCUCAAGGUCGAAGAAGGGUUGUUGUCACAGGUAUAGGAUUAGUAUCUCCUCUUGGUGUUGGAACCCAGUUGGCUUGGAACAAUCUUCUCCGGGGAAAUUGUGGCAUUGUUGCUCUUGAAGGAGAAGAAUAUUCCUCUGUUCCUUGUAAAGUUGCUGCCUGUGUGCCAAAAGGAGUUGAUGAAGGUCAGUUCCAUGGGGAAAACUUUAUAUCAAAAUCGGACAGCAAAGCUAUGUCUUCUGCCACCAUCAUGGCCAUAGGCGCUGCUGAUCUAGCAUUGAAAGACUCUGGUUGGUCUCCGCAGUCUGACCAGGAUAGUUUGAAAGCUGGUGUGGCAGUAGGAAUGGGAAUGGUUCCACUGGAAGAUAUCUCCGAUACAGCCUUGACUUUCAAAACCAAGGGAUACAACAAAGUCAGCCCAUUCUUUGUUCCAAGGAUUUUGAUCAAUAUGGCCGCAGGUCAUAUUAGUAUCAAACAUCAGCUGAAAGGACCAAACCAUGCUGUGUCCACUGCUUGUACUACGGGAGCACAUGCCGUGGGAGACUCUUUUCGAUUUGUAGCUUACGGUGAUGCUGAUGUGAUGUUGGCUGGAGGAACAGAAGCUUGUAUUAGCCCAUUGUCUCUAGCUGGAUUUGCCAGAGCUCGGGCUCUGAGCACUAGCUUUAACUCUGAGCCUCAGAAAGCUUGUCGGCCAUUCCAUCCACUAAGAGAAGGAUUUGUCAUGGGAGAAGGUGCUGCAGUUUUGGUUUUAGAAGAAUACAUGCAUGCUAUCCAGAGAGGAGCUAAGCUGUAUGCAGAAAUUUUAGGCUAUGGACUGUCAGGUGAUGCCUGCCACAUUACAGCGCCUAAUCCAAAUGGAGAUGGGGCUUUAAGAUGCAUGUCUGCAGCAAUGAAAGAUUCUGGAAUUUCUCAUGAAGAUGUAACGUACAUCAAUGCUCAUGCCACCUCCACUCCACUAGGAGAUGCUGCAGAGAAUCAAGCUAUCAAAGAGCUCUUUAAAGAUCACGCCUCUGCUCUUGCUGUCUCUUCAACCAAGGGAGCAACGGGUCAUCUCUUGGGUGCUGCAGGGGCUAUUGAGGCAGCUUUUACUGCUUUAGCUUGUUACCAUGGAAUUUUACCACCUACUCUAAAUCUGGAUCAGACUGAGCCACCAUUUGACCUCAAUUACGUUCCACUAGUGGCACAAGAAUGGAGAAGUGAAAAGCGGCAUGUUGCUCUCAGUAACUCCUUUGGCUUUGGUGGAACUAAUGCAUCACUGUGUUUUGCUAAUAUUUAGUCUUGUGAUCUGUAUAUGUAAAUACUAUUGCUCCCUCCCCCAUUUGCCUAUAGCCAAAUAUAUGCAUAUAUUACAUAUUACAAAUAUGUAAAUCUUUUUGUCUAUUUUUUCCAUUCAUUCCUAUCAUUUUUACUAGUGCGUGUUCUUUAGGAUGCUUUAUUUCAGCUGAAUUUCUGGGGAUUGGACCCUCUUCAGUAGAAGGAUGUAAAAGGUUUCAAAUUCAAAACAUUCUGAACUCAUAAUACCCCAGGGGGUUGAAGCAGUUGUUUAAAGUUUGAAGUGAGUGAACAUCCACUCUGAAUCAAAAAAGGAAAAUUGUGGAUGUUUUAUCCUGUUUUUAUUUUACUCUGAAUUGUUAGCCACUGAGAGUCAUGUGUAUGAGAUAGGCAGCCUUAUAAAUGUAUUAAUUAAAUAAAUAAAUAUACCUCUGAA